AUGCCUCAUUAUUCUGUGAAAACAGUUUAUGAGAAAAUCAUUGGACCUAAACCUGUGAUUCAUUGGGACAAUAUGGUGUGGAAUUGGCUGAAUAUCCCUAAGAAUAGAUUUAUAUGUUGGUUGGAAGUGCAGGGUAGGCUUCAAACCACUGCAAAUUUGGCAAGAUUUGGUGUUAGUAAUACUGCAAAUUGUCUGAUUUGUGGACAAGCUGAUGAAGAUCAUAAGCAUCUGUUCUUUGCUUGUCCCUACAGCAGCAGAUGCAUCAGUGCCCUCAAACUUUGGUUGGGAAUAUCUUACUCCACUAGUAAUCUGAAGCAACUUAUGAGGUUUAUUGCUCAUGGCAGAAUGUCUAAGUUCAGGAAGCAAGUUAGCUUUGCAAUGCUAGCUGCUGCAGUUUAUGCUGUUUGGUCAAGCAGGAAUAGUUGUUUUUGGAAUGCUUCUUUUCCAACUGUGCAGAAUAUGGUAGCUAGAGUUAAGAAAAAUGUUAGAGAUCGAAUUUUGUUUGUUUUGCCUAAAAAUGUAACUAGGAGAGAUAGCUUGUGGUUUGCUACUCUUCUUGUUGGUGCAGUUGCUUCUGUGUUUGUUGCUGUUGGUCUGCUGUGUAUGUUGUUGCAGCUUGGUUCGAUGGUUGCUAAAAUCUCGACUCCUAUGGAAGGUUCUGGUCAUUUGGGGUUGUCUGAUUCAACUAUGGUGAAUGAGAUGCAGGGAGGUAGUACUAGGGGGUAG